AUGGGCUUCCUCAAGCACUUCCGCUCCAAGUCGCGAAUGAAGGGAGAGAGGAGUCCACCAAACAGCCCGUAUCGAUCCCCCAAUUAUGCUCGUGGCGGUCGCGACUUCACCACGCGUCUUCCCGAGAAGGUGUUGGCCAACAUCUUCUCAUACGUUUGCCCACACACUCAAGAUUACACCUACGAUUCAUGCGAGUCUUCCCAGAUUGGCGAGGGAUGCAUGCUCUGCGACCUACGUGACCUCGCCCAUUGUGCGCAAACGUGCCGCAAGUGGUAUGCCGUCGGCCAGCAGCAGCUAUACACUAGCGUGCGCAUAGAUGCCGUGCACUACUGCGAGCUCGAGGAAGUGCUGGCGGAAAAGCGAAGAAAGGCUGCAAAACACUUCCGCGCAAGGAGCGCUCCUGAGCCUGUUGAUAUCCCCAACAUUCGUUUGUCGUUGCUCUGCAGGACUGUGAGAGAGCAACCCAAUCUGGCCGCGCAGACAUUGUUCUUGAAGAUUCCUUACAUGGCCAGGGAAACGGCCAAGGCUGAACUCGCUCGCACCAUAUCGGUGAUGCAGAAUCUGAGAUAUGUGGAUCUUCCGGACGGAUUUUACAACGGCGACCCAAGUUGUCUGCCUCUGAGGCAGGAGCUGCAGUCAAGAUGUCCCGAUCUCAGAAAGAUGAGCUAUCGUAGCGGAUCGGAAGAUGCACUGGAGCUGUUGACCCACCGCCAUUGGCAGGCAAUUGAGAUAUUGGACUUGACGAACCUCGCGCUCGAGCCAACCACUCUUCGAAUUGUGCUGGCGAGUCUUCCAGCACUGCAUGACUUGACUCUGACAGACAUGCCCUGGAUGGAUGACAGCAUCUUUUUGCCAUCCACAGGUCAGCUGCCGGACUUUCCACCUCUCCAGACCCUGCGGCUGAAGGAUCUUCCUAACAUCACCGCACAAGGUUUGACCUCAUGGCUGCAGGCUACUCAUAUUCGCGAGAUGCUCUUCUCCCUCACUUUGGAGUAUACUGGUGUCACUAUACAAGAAUUGGGAUCCGUCCUUUGGGCUGCAAGCUCGAUCCGUCAUCUCUCAAUAGUAGAGACUGUAACAAAGUCCCUGUCACUCGCAACAGCGCAAAUGGCACCUCUGACGUCGAUUUCUCUCAAAACCCUGCACUUUGAGAUUUCUGGCAGCGAGGAUGCCCAUGGGUUACAAAAGCCGGCCGAAUCGUACUAUGCAUACCUGGCCCACUCCCUCCACCAAAACUCUCUUCCUGCUCUCUCCACCCUCUACGUUCGGGAUCCAAACUUUGCCGAACUUCUAAUACUUCCACCGAUAAUGCCUCCGUUUGGUUCUGAAGGCGGCUCUCUCAACAGUAAGAUGAGCAAUCUCAGCUUUGCGUCGACAUACAACAACCCUGCACCACGCGCUGCCGGUGGCGGGUUCAAUCAGACUUUGGAGGUAUUUUCCAAAGGCAUGGAUGAGCUAGAAUGGGUCUUUACAUCCAUCUCGCCUCCAAGUGCAGGGAGAGACCGCAGUACGAGCGUGACAGGAGGUCGACCGUUGAGCGCGUACAGUGCUGGACGAGGUUUGGGUCCACAAUGGGCGCAAGGCGGAUUCGGUGGCGAGGCACGCAAGUCUGUGAUUGUAGGGAACGGGUUCGGUGGUUUUCUUGCAGUUCCGCAAGAUCAGGCUCCUCGUCCAAUGACUGCAGAUGGUAACGGCGGGCGUUGGGGUAGCACGAGCAGCGGCGGUACGCAUGGAACGAGUAUGAGCCACUUCCUCAAGCCACCACCUGGUAUGGGGAAGAUUACGUCUUCACACGAGAGAAGGUCAAGUAAGCAGGAUCUCUGGCGAUGA